CAUGGUCGCACAUUGCAGCUGCACAUUGCACGGGAGUGAUGUCGGCUGCUGCUGUGCCAUUUCUUUCUUUUUGACUGGUAUUUGAAUCGUAGUUGCAGUUCCUAGACAUGUGAGGAUAUGGAGCCAGCCCAUGUUGCUAGACUUGAGGCAGAGCUUGAGAAAGCUGUGCAGAAAAUACAGGAAAAGGUUAAACAGUGGAACAAGUAUAGAGAUGACUAUGUUGCUUUAAAGGAGCGUUUGACAACAUUACCUGAUAAAGUUACACAUGAUAUAAUGGUUCCCUUCACAUCUGUAGCCUUCAUGCCAGGCCAGCUUGUCCACACUAAUGAGAUACUAGUGCUGCUGGGAGAUAACUGGUUUGCAGAGAGGUCAGCUAAGGAGGCUUCAGAAAUAGUGGACAGGAGAAUUGCAGCUGUAGACAAGAGUCUGGGGGACUUUUCUGAAGAAUUAAAACUUUUGGAAUCGAGGAGACAUUUUACCCGAGAUGUAGCACAGGAAAGUCUUGAUCAUAGAGAAAUCAGGGAGGUGUAUGAUGAAGAAGAGGAAAAGAAAUGGAAAGAGGAACACAGAAAGAAUGUACGGAGGUAUCACCAGCAGAAACGCGAAGCGGCAGCCAAGCAGGAAGACCAGGUUAAUGAAGACCUGUGGAGGCGCCUUGAUGAGCUGGAGAUGCAAGAGGCCAGAAAUAAUGAGAUGUAUAGACUGUCAGAUGAUGAGGAUGGUGAUGGGAAACCUCCAGAAAGCAGAACAAAGAGCAGACUCAUAAAAUGGGAAGAUGAAGAGAAACUACAAUUAGCUGGGAGCACCAGUGAAGGAAGUAGCAGUGCCGCAGACACUAAUGAAGAAACGGAAUCAGAUGAUGAGGCAUCAGAGGCACAAUCUAACAGUCCCAGGAAAACUAUUUUCUUCAAACACACUGAAAAAGUAGAUACAGUUCACUCCACCACAUCAAACUCCAGUCAAGAAGAAAAUGGCGAUGCCCAAAAGCCAAAGAGCAAAAUCAACAGCCCAAGAGAUAUCUACCUGCAGUUUGCUGCCUCGUCUUCUCCAUUAGACCAACCCAAGUCUAUCCUUAAAGCUAGUAACCCUGGUCACCCCACAGACUACACUAGUCAGGGAAGAUCUCAGACUAUAUGUAGUCCUGGUCCUGUGUCAGAUGUCACAUGUCAAGAUGUCGAGACACAGAACCCUGCAUUGAAACCAGCAAACACACCUCAAGCAUUCACAGGGUCUGUGAUAGAAAGGUCAAGUUUAUCCACGUCCAAUACCACAGAGGUUCAAGACCCCACUCCCUUACAGCCACAGAAGAGAGUCUCCAAGUUUAAAGCUCAAAGACUUCAACAAGAGAAGAGGUAGCAGUGGCUCCACUCUCGUUAGUCAGAGA